CUGCGUCAUAGCGCGCGCACAGAGCCACGGCGGAGAGACACGCGAGGAGUCAGCAGGAGAUUUGCACUAGCGUCCGAUUACUGUUGCUAGCCGUUUAUUUUUGUGUGUGUGUGUAUCAGAUCCGACCUCAAGGCUGUUGUUUUUUUAAAUAUAGAUAUAUAUUAAAAAAAGUGUAAUUUUGCUGAAAGCUGAUCCCGACAUGCAGCCAUCAACUGCUAAGUGGUACGACAGACGGGACUCUGUCUUUAUUGAAUUCUGUGUAGAAGACAGCAAAGAUGUUGAGGUGAAAUUCAACAAAUCAAAGCUUAACUUCAGUUGUGUAGGGGGAGUCGAUAGCAUCAAAUAUCAUAAUGAAGUAGAACUAUUUGAGGCCAUCGACCCAAAUGAUUCAAAACACAAACGUACAGACAGGUCUGUGUACUGCUGUCUACGAAAAGCAGAACCUGGCAAGUCGUGGCCAAGGUUAACAAAAGACAAAGCAAAGUUCAAUUGGCUCAGCGUUGACUUCAAUAACUGGAAAGACUGGGAAGAUGAUUCAGAUGAAGAGUUGUCCAGCUAUGACCGAUUCUCAGAGAUGAUGAACAACAUGGGAGGGGAAGAUGAUCUGCCUGAAAUGGAUGGUGCAGAUGAUGAAGAAUCUGCAGAUAGCGACGACGAAAAGAUGCCAGAUCUUGAGUGAAGCUGCAAAGGACAUGCUGUGGCAGAAAACAAGGAUCGUUGUUUAACUGAUAUUUGACAAAAAAAAAAAGGGUAGUUGUGGGGGGUGAACAUUUAAUUAAAAAACACAGAUCAACACAACAAAAUACCUAAAUUGAAGCUGUUUUCCAGGCUCUGAGUUUCCCACCAGAGUAUACAUACCAUUGUGUUAAUGGCUGUCUUCAAGUCAUCAACACUGCUUUCUUUACCUUUUUAUUCUGCAUGGACAAAGUUCUCCAUGAUGUUUUGUGGAUUCUAGUUAUCGUCCAUUUACUUAACAGUGGCUGUGGGAGAGGAUGGUGCACACACACAGCGAGAGAGAGAGAGAUCGCCUUUCCCCAGUGUCAGUGAGGAAUCAUUAUAUUGCAUAUGCACAUUGUAAUUCCCAGUGAUUGGAAAAUUACAGUUUCCCCAUCCACAUUAGACCCCAUUACCCAAUUCCUGGUUGACAGAAAUCUUAUUUCAAUUUUUAUGUUAAUUCAAGUCUCAGUUUGUGUGUGUGUGUGUGGGAGUGAAGCAUUCUUCUUAGACGUCUGCUUUUUUUUCCAACUGCAAAUACUAGCCAAAACAUUUACUGGAUUUAAAUACAGCUACAUUCAAAAUGGAAGUUGCCUGUUGCGUUUUACUGGGAGACAUGUUUUGUUGGCACUCUAGAUAUUUUUUUUUUCCAUGAAAUAGGUUGAUGUGUAAAUGAAAUAUGUUCAAAGUGCAUAGUCCUGUCUGUACACAUGGCUUUCCCAAAUAAUUUCAAGUUAGUAAUCCUUUGUCACACUUGAACGUGUAGCAGGCAUUUGAGCACUGAUAUCUUCCAUUUAUGUGAAGUGAUCUAAUGUAAGCUUCACCGCUGUACAGAACAAAAGGGUAACUUAUCAAUAGCUGACCAAAUUGUGAUUGCACUCCUAAUAUCAAUGCAAGUGUGACUAAAAAUGUUUAUUGUGCUAACCUGCCACCACAGGUUGAGGAACUUAAGUUUGUUAAACGCAGUGGGGUUUUGUCUACAUAUUUUUAAUAAACUGUCUCUAAACAAUUGUUUCACACGUGUUGAGUAACCCAUGUAAGUCAAAUUUUACUGUUCACAUUUAUUGGCACCUUUAUCCAGUGCAGCUUAAAGGUGAGGAUAAUUCUCACAUUCUGGCAGCUGUCAAUUAAAGGAAAAAUCCACCCUCAACGACUUGCAUGUUAAUCUUUAUAAUGAACAUGUGACUUUAGUGUUGGCAAAGAUUAACUUUGUAAUGAAAUUACGAGUCAGGCAUGUUGGUCUUUUUUCUUUUUCUAAUUUAAGGGUUUCCUAUGUUACCCAUAAUGCUGUCUGCCUACCUGCUGAUAGUGAUGACAUUGGGAAUGGGCUGCUUGCACUCAGGGCUAUGACGUAUUCCCGUUUUGAAAUAACACGAAACUCACGUUUCCAGUAGCACUGUGUUUACAUUCAGUAAGACAGCAACGUCUAAUUUUUUCUUCUUUUUUUUUUUCUUUUUUAAAUAAAGGAGUCUUACAAUAAAGUUAGCCAAUGUUGGGCUAAUGUUAGCCUGUGUUUUUGUUUUUAUUAAUUGUUAUUUUCUUACCUUCAAAGUAGUUUAUGUAUGACUAAGCAUGUAGUCUAACACCUUUCUCCACCUUACUAAAAGAGGCUUUAUUACGUAUAUGAUGAACGUUAUUCGGUUUCAGAAAAUCCUGUAGACACCAGGUAUUAAUAGCAUCAUUGUCAUUAUAGAGGAUGAGCCUGAAGCAGAAGUAUUCGUGCAAGUAGCCCAGUACAUAGACUUGUAUAUAGAUGCCACUUUGGCCCAUUGCUGCGAUAUGCCACUGUGUCUGCCAUAUUGAUCCGGGCAAGACUGCUCUAUAAACAAAACAGAAGUAAACGGGGGAGCUGUGGAUUUUCUGGAUAAAAACCACAAUAACGUUUACAUUUCUUAAACGAUUUCAAUGGUUUAUGAUCUACGUGAAGUACAAAAAAAUUUGUGUCUCAAGUUCCUUACCAUCUCGAUAUUUAAACUUGGAAAAUUAUUCGUUGUCAAGGAAUUGUUAAAACUCGUGCUUAAAGCAUAUAUUUGGCUUAUUUUUCUUGGUUAAUAAAUACUGAGGUGUCCCUAAUAUAAUAUAAUGCAAUGUACAUGAAAUGUACAUAAAGUUGUUUUUUAUUAUUAUUAUUAUUAUUAUUAUUGUCGGGAAAAAAAUCCUAUCUUCUACCCCAUCUUUUAACUUUUCUUGUGCUCCAGGUCAGAAUUCUGUUAACAAAGCUCGUUUAUUUUUAAAUACUGAAAUAAAUCAAACAUGGAACCUAGGUGUUCACCUUUUGUUAGCGGGGGGGGGGGGGGGUGUUUUGUUUUUUCCUAGACGGAGGUCAGAUUGUUUCCCGCAGCAAUGCAGCAGCGCAUUAGUCUGUCCAGCUGCAUCACCUCAUCUGUACCCUCUGCCAAAACACAGGUUCCAAAGCUUCAACUUUCAUGCUAAUCUUGCAGUCAACACCAUCAUGUGAUCUUGGGUGUCACUGGAAAAUGGUAAGUAAGAAAAGAAACUCCUGCCUUUAAAUUUUUAAACAUUAACAGUGAAACUUGAAUGUUACUUAUCUUUGAUAGUGUUAAAAUUUGUUUUCUUCUUCCCCAGUGUAACUGCUAGCAACGGCCCUGUGACAUCAGAAUGGCUCACAACUGCAAACUUCUCACACGAAUAAUGAAAAUACAGCACCCACCUACAAAUUAGCAACAGAAUCACAUCACAAAUGGACUUUUCCUUCUUGGCAGAUAUUGAAAGGAAAACUCCAGUUUGUGUACCGUGUGCUCUGUAAAUGGGAGACGAAACAAAUAUGGUGGUCCACCAACGUCCAACGCAAAAAGCUCCACCUCUUGUGACUAUCUAGCUUUAAGCUAAAUUCCAGCAAAUUGAUGACGCAGAAUCCAAUUUAAAUGUAUAACUAAGCAGUUGAUGCAGAAAGGCCUUGUUCAAAAGGCCAAAGGUGGCUCUGAAAUGCUGAAACCUGGUGCACAUUUUAUCAGCAUGUGAUUAUAUAGGACUCUGAUUAGGUUAUGGUAACAGUGUUUAAUUUAAACUAUUACCCUCACUGUUAACAGAAAGGCUGCAUAUAUAGGGUUUACCAGUAUACACAUGCCUAAAAUGAAAUGCCUCGCCAAAAAGCCAGACAUGCAAGUCCAACAUGCAGUGUCUUGCUGACUUUCUCAGUAUGAAUGAAUCACUGAGCUGACUCAGGUCUCAAGUUUAGAUUUUUACUUCAUUUUUAAUUUUGAAGGUAAUCAAGUAUGAAUACUUUCAUAACUAAAUGAAUGCGAAUACAGAUAGUGGCAGAGUAAGAGGUAGUGUUUUUCUUCUUCUUUUUUUUUUUUGCAUGGCUUCUUUUUUAGACGAGAGGAAUGCAUUGAGAUGGAGAUACUGCUUGACACUACAAAGAUGUAACGACUUUCACUUUCAUGCAGGUGCAAGAGAGUGGACAGAAAUGCUCAAAGGACAAAAAAAAAAAAAAUAGAA